ACAAGUUUGCCUCUUGAAUGCUGCAUUGGUAGGAAGGACGGCACAGGACAAAAAUUCCAGGACAGCGUUUCGCGCUCAGAAAGCAGACGAAGCACAUGGAGACCCUGGACCCGGUCUUGGCCCUGAGAGGCAACAGUCCGGGUAUAACCGAUGACAGAGGGGAGGAGGGGACGGAGACGGAAAAAGUGGACCCGUCUCAAAAACCGCCGUAUUCCUAUGUAGCUCUGAUCGCCAUGGCCAUCAGGGACAGUCUCGAGAAGAAGUUGACCCUCAGCGGAAUUUAUCAGUACAUCAUCACAAAGUUUCCCUACUAUGAGAAAAACAAAAAAGGCUGGCAGAACAGCAUCCGGCACAAUCUGAGCCUGAACGAAUGCUUCGUCAAAGUUCCCAGGGAAGGCGGCGGAGAAAGGAAAGGAAAUUUCUGGACCCUGGACCCUGCAUUUGAAGACAUGUUCGACAAAGGAAAUUACCGGCGUCGCAGACGGGUUAAAAGACAUUACCGAACUCCGUCGGUUCCUUACUUGCCGGGGAAGUCUUGCUUGAAUUAUCCCGACGCCUACAUGCACCAAAACCCGAAGUACUUACAAGCGCAGCCUUACUUGAAUUACCCCGAUGGCUACAUGCACCAAAAUCCCAAGUACUUACCGGCGCACUUUGUGAACAGUUCCUGGCCCCUCUCUCAGCCCGGAGCCCUGCAAUCCAGCGCGUCCGUCAACUACCAGCAGCCGCAGACGGCAAGUGGAAACGCUAGCCCCGUAGCCGUCAGUGGAUUUGCCAGUUCUCCUGUGAACUGUUAUCAAAACCAUCUCCAUCCGGGCUACAGCGGAUACCACCGACACUCGAAUGUUUUGGUGCCCCACAACGGCGGCCCUUAUACUGGAAUAACCCAAGGAUUUAGUGCCGGAGGGAGUCAGGCGCCCCCAAGCAGUUAUCAUCAAUUGUCUUAUAGCAUACAACAAGAAAUGUCAUUGCAUUACUAUGACUAGCAACACAACUGCAGUGUAUGCACUUGCAAUCCUUGUGAAAAACAUCGAUGCACCGGAGUGCCUUUGAUUUUGUG